CAUUUUAAGUGGGGGAACUUGCACAAUCGGUGGCUGACUAAAUACCUUUUUGCCCCACUGUAAAACUGGUGCUCAAUCUCUUUCUCCAAGAGAAAGAGAGCUUGUGCAUUAAAUGAGAUGUUUACUCUUAAGGACCCAAAUGUAUACUAGGAAUAUGUGUCCAAACUGUGUGCUGUUGCUUUUGCAGCAAGCUGUGGUUUAUAGUUAGCCACAAUUUAAUUAAGGAAUGAUGAGGAGAGAAAGUGGAAAUACAUCUUUAUUUUUUUGUUAAAGGAACUUUUCUGCAUAGCAUCCUCAGCUCUUCUGUGAAAUUUUUAAAGAUGUUUUUGAUUCUAUAAUGUCAGCUGAGACGGCCCUUUAACACGCUGACCUGCAAGAUUCACCACCAGAUGGCAGUAGAUCGACAGUGAUAAUAAUGCUCUGCUCUGUUAGAACCUCUAGCCUUCCUUUGUUGGACAGGCUGUGCUUUGAACUGUGUGUUUGCUGCUGUGAAAGCUCCAGCUUCCCUCCUGGGCUGACCAAUCUGUUUGAAGCUCUGACUUCAAUAGUGGAGAAGAACUUGCGGCCAUCAUCUGUGUUUGCGCCAGUUUGCUUUUGAGCUUCAAGCUUUCAGUUAGAGAGCAGUGAAAUUAAAGCUUGGUUCUAUUGACAAAAACAAGCCUGUUAUUUCUUCUUUAUGUCCAAUAGUUGUAGUUUCUUGAAGGAAUAUCUACAAGUCCAGUUCAGAAGCUCCCCGUGUCAGCUGUCAAUCACAGUGACCACUUGCUAUGAAAGGUCUGGUAGAAAGCUCAGUGUAAUCUGUUGAAGUACCAGAACAAUGUUCCUGUUCAGUGAUCAGACGUCUGUAUGUUCGGGUCUUCUGUUUAGAUCAAAGUUUUCUUCAUGUUUUUUUUGUUUUGUUUUUUUUCUAAAAUCAUAACUGCAAACUAGACCCCUUUUUAUAUUCAGUCUAUUGUCAGAAAACGGUUACAUUAUCAAUAUUUUCUGUUUCUGUAGCUUUCUGAGUCAGACCAUCCACCUGCUGGAUGAGGAUGACAGCCUGUACUGUAUUUCAGCCUGGAACGACCAGGGCUAUGAGCACACAGCAGAGGACCCGGCCCUGCUCUACAGGGUGGAGAGUAUGCCCGGCCUGGGCUGGGUGCUGAAGAAAAGCCUCUACAAAGAUGAGCUGGAGCCAAAAUGGCCUACACCCGAAAAGCUGUGGGACUGGGACAUGUGGAUGCGAAUGCCAGAGCAGAGGAAAGGCCGAGAGUGUAUCAUCCCUGAUGUAUCCCGCUCCUACCACUUCGGUAUCAUCGGCCUCAACAUGAAUGGCUAUUUUCACGAGGUAUAUUUCAAAAAGCACAAGUUCAACACUGUUCCCAAUGUACAGCUGAAGAACGUGGGCAGCUUGAAGAAAGAUGCUUAUGAAGUUGAGAUCCAGAACCUGCUGAAAGAGGCAGAGGUGCUAGACCACACCAAAAACCCAUGUGAGGACUCAUUCCUACCUGACUCUGAGGGGAAGAUCUACGUCAUGUUCAUUAAGAUGGAGUCUGAAACAGACACAUCCACUUGGACUGAGCUUGCCAAGUGCCUGCACGUUUGGGAUCUAGAUGUUCGGGGAUACCACAGAGGUCUAUGGCGGCUCUUCAGAAAAAGGAACCAUGUGUUGGUUGUGGCUGUUCCGAUCUCCCCGUACUCUGUGAGGAAACCAGCGAAUGUCACUCCCAUUCAUUUAGAGCCUCCUCCUAAAGAAGAGGGAGCACCGGUGGAGCAGAUGUAGAUCUGAUGUUACACACACACACACACACACACACACACACACACACACACACACACACACAAACAGAGACUUCAACAAGCCCUGGCCUUAACACUACUACUUCUCUCCAUCAACGAACAUUAAUAAUCCAGCCUGGGGCCCAGAGCUACAGGUCUGUCUUGGGUACAAGAGGAUACCUGGGACACAGAGUCUAUUUUUUAUGUUGGAGGAAGAAUUAACACUACAAACAGCACUGGUGAGUCCGUCCAGCAGUGAUGCUAAAACUAGUUAUAGUUAAUUGUGAUUGUUCAACCACAACAGCGUACAGCUGCCAACAGCUGUGUCUUUUUGUGGAUUGAUCACUAAGCUACAUCUUUGACAGAACAGUACAACUGACAUAAACACACUGACCUGAAAGAAGGCAGUGCUCCUUAUAGUUUGGUAUUUUAACUACUGAGUGUUUGUCCAUUUUUGUACAUACAUUUUAACGAAUCUCUAUUUAUUUUACAUCUGUCAAAAGUUAGUGCUUUUUUUUCUAAAUAAGAAAAUCCACUUUGAUCAAGUUCAAUGCAUUUUUAAGAGUCUGACUUUUACAAUGAGAAAAUGUAAGUGUGUGUGUGUGUAAAAUCUAAAGGUUGGCAUUUUUCUCAGCAUUAGAUAUCGAGUGUAAAAGCCCCAUGGGUUUGUACCGUUAUUGACUGUAUAGAUCACUUGCCUCGGAUUAGUCUUGAUGAUGUAAUCCGAAAGGUGGCUGAGAGACAAAAACCUGAAAAGUCAUACUUUUAACAUGUGCUGCAUCUGAAACCAGAGAAAUUGCAAAUGCUGUGAUGUUAAUGUGUGCUCACCUACAAAAUGAUGCACAUUGAACAAAUCACUUUAAAUUCGGGCAGUUUUUUUGUUUGUUUUUUUAAGUAAAUUAACCUUUUUCCAUCUGUUUCUGGUAUAGUUCACUACUGGCUUUUGCUCUGUCAGGGGGGGGAAAGCACGUGGCCCUUCCAGUACCAACUAGUAAUAAUUGACACAGGAACUGGAAAAUCAUAAUUAACAAUCAUUAGGAACGAAACCUUUUUGUUGUGUACCCCAAAAAAGGAGGAAAAUCCGUGUCUAGGAUCAGAUCUAAAUAUGCAAACGUGUGCUAAACAAACAGUUCAGGAUAUUUGUAUCCUAGCACACCAUUUACGUGUGUACGCAUUUUUUUUGUUGUUGUUUUGUUUUGCUUUUUCCUGAAGCAGACGCACUUUUUUUCUGUGCUUGUUGCUGUUUUUGAGAUACAAGAGACAGCGGCAGCUGCAUAAGGUGCUGAACGUUCAGUUGCUUCCCUGUUUCCUGAUCGAACAGUGUUCAACUACUGAAGCUACUAAAAACUGAGCUCAACGCUGUUACUUUUCACACAGCCAUCCAGUUACGUAGGAGAAGGGCUCAGAUAACAAGAACACCUGGUAUAAACACUAAAGAACCGAGUCAAUUUCUCUGCUUGUACCAAAUGAAACCCCCAAACUAGCACUUUAGUCAUAUAUUAAUUAGAUCAUUGUGGGUCAGACAUCACAACAGGCAGGUACUUGGAACCAGCUACUUCCUGGAAGCAGCAUGUGUUAAAAACUUAUUUUUUUCCUCUCCUAAUUUCUUAGUGGUGCGUAUAAAUUUUGGUCUCUCUCAACCAUCCUGGAGGCCAGAGGCUCCACCACUUCCAUCCACUGAAGGUAGCAAUGUGAAAAGAGUACUAAAUCUUCGUUACAUAUAUUUAUCUGAGUUUCUAAUUGCAGUGUUCUUCAUUUUUAAGAGUAGUAAAUACGUGAGAAGAUUUAUUUGAUAAUCUCACUGGCCGCAUUCAAUGCCCUGAGAUGCAGCUGAGAGAGAGAGAGAGAGUGUGUGUGCGUGUGUGAGAGAGAGAGAGCGAUUUCUCUUGUAAAGCUUUUCUAACUGGUGGUCAAAUAGAAACCCAACCCUUAAAGAAAAUGUUAUUCUUUAUGGUAAGACAUGCAAAAGCAAACAAAGUAUUAUCUGCUUAUGGAUACAUUUAUUUUGAAAGUCACACUAUAGAACUGUCUAAGCAUUUAUUCACUCUGUACUGGUCAUGUUAUCAUUUCAAACAACUGUUAUGGAUGUUUCAGGCAAUUAAAAAUGAAAAGAUAAUUGAAAUAUUUGUUCCAAUUGAGGUGUAAAAACACUGACUUUUAAUCCAGAUGUUGAUAUUCUGCCAGAUGUUUUAAAAGAACGUGGAGUUUUCAACCAUGUUAACAGAGAGGUGUGAGUGUGAGGAAGAGAUGCUGGACAUGUUCUUACCAGCUGAUGUAAGAACGCAUUAACCAAAUGAAUGUGAAUUUUAAUUCUCUGUUAGUAUUUGCAGUUAUUUGAUUGGAAGGUGUUUACCUGUCAGCCCCAACGUCAGUGGUUCAUUCUAAGUUUAAGUCCUAGUGUGUUUUCUCUGGUUUCAGAUCUCUGCAAAUUGUCUUUUUUUCCCCUCUGGUUUGUUCUUUCGUUUCACUUUGUGGUGUUCCUGCUUUUCUGGGUUUCAAAGGUUAAAUUAAAUUGAAUCAUUGUUUCAAUAGCAAUACAGUUGAUUUAAUACUGUGGCAGGAUUCUAAAGAUACUGGAAAGUGCUUUGUAUAAGUGACAGAGGAGGAUUUGUAGACUUGAAUGCAGUUUGACAUGUAUGAGUUUCUUUUAUCUUGCAGAUGAAUAAAGAUUUUUUUUAAACUCA